UGUUAACUGACCCGCCCUCUCCGGUCCGGAGCAAGCUCCCGGUUCUCAAGACUCGACUUCUCUUCUCACUCCCUUUCCCGAAGCCCGGUUGGUAAGACGUCUAUCAGCAGGCAGUCGUGGAAAAAGUCGCACAUCGUCCUUGUCACCCUGACUGAAAUACUAAGAUACUGACCGUCCCGAUUGGUCGCCUGAUAAGAUUAGUACCGCUCAAAGUACAGGACUGACCUUCUGUAGCUGAUCUGCUGUUAUACAGUCAGCGAUUUGCUAAAAUAAAGUAUUUCAGCUCGCCGAUAUCUGAGGGCUAUCUUCUGCUGGUGCGACUAAGCCGUCGAGAAGCAAGAGAGGAAACAUCUUCCAUAAUCAAAGUUUUGCCUUCCAAGAUGCCUUACGAUUUUACUACCUGGGAUCGAAAUUGCUUGGAGGAGCAUGCGACUCCACUCGAUGGAACUGUAACAGGAACCAUUCCACCAUGGCUGAGGGGCUCCUACAUUCUGGACGGGCCGGGUAGAAUGACCUACGGCACGAGCGAAUUCAACCACGUUUUCGACGGCUCGGCCCUCAUCCAGAAGUUCACCAUAGGGGAAACGGGCGUCACUUUCACGAGCAGGUUCCUCAGGAGUUAUGCUUACACGACCAACCUCGAAAACGAGCAGAUCGUCGUCUCUGAAUUCGGCACCACCGGGAAGUCUGUGACCAAGAAUAAGCUGGCCAAACUUGGGGACAAGUUCGCUUUCGACAAGAUGUUUUCAGACAAUGCACCUGUGGGUGUUGUCAAAUUUGGGGGUGAAUAUUAUUGCAUAACUGAGGCUCCAUUCCUUCAUAAGAUCGAUCCUACCACAUUAGAGACAAUCAGCAAGGUGGACCUUCACAAGGAGCUGGGUAUCAACUCGCAGUGCCCUAACCCAAGGCCUUUGCCAGAUGGCACAACUGUCAAUAUCCUUCAUGGAAUGGGAGCUACUGGUCCUAAAUAUGAUAUUGUAGGCUUUCCACCUACCCCGUUGGAAGGCAAAAGUUCCGUUUUUGCCAAACCCAAAAAAUUGGGGUCUGUGGAUGCUCGAUGGAAACUGAACCCAUGCCACAUGCAUACAUUUGGAAUGACCGAAAACUACUUCAUCCUCCUUGAACAACCUUUGACGAUUGAUGUUAAAGCUAUGGUUGCCAAUACCAUACGAGACAAACCAUUCAUUGGAGGCAUGGAAUGGAUGGAGAAUAAGCUGGUCAAGAUCCAUAUGGUUCAUCGUGAAACCGGAAAAGAAGUGAAGCUGAAGUGCAAGUGUGAAGCUUUCUUCUUUAUGCAUAUCAUUAACUGCUAUGAGAGAGACAAUCACGUCGUUAUCGAUGUCAAUGGAUACGCCAAACCUGACCUGCUACAUGCCUUCCAUCUGAAAAAUUUAAGGGAGAAUGGUGCAACUCUUGGCAGCAACCUUGAUGGAGGAGCUGUUAAGCGUAUCGUUAUACCCAUGGACAUCUCGGACAAAGUGGCACCCGAGAUGAAUCUGGUUAUGCUUGCUGGGACAAAAGCAAAGGCACAGAGGCAGAAAGAUGGUUCAUUGGUCUUAACUCCAGACAAUGUCACAAACUUUGCUUAUGAAAUUCCAUCUGUUCAUCCAGACUAUGUUGGCAAACGAUACCGUUAUUUCUAUGGUAGCUGUGGAGACAUGACUGGUGUCACUGGAAAGGCUGGCAAAAUUGACUUAGAGACACGAGAAGCUAAAGAUUGGUUUGAAGAGGGACUCUAUACUGGAAUCUGUUAUUUUGUGCCACGACCUGGAGCAACAGCUGAAGAUGAUGGUGUAGUCUUGUGUACACAGCUGCAUGGAGGCAGUGAUAAGAAGAAAGUGUCACUGGUCAUUCUGAAUGCAUCUGAUAUGACAGAAAUAGCCAGGGCUGUAUUCAACACUGCUUCAGAUAUUCCUCGGUCUCUUCAUGGAAUUUAUAUUCCUGCUUGAAAGUAAUUGCUUCAAACCUAAAAGCAAAAUCUUUAUUUAGGUAAAAGACAUUGAGAGAGAAACGGACUCAUAAUGGUAGAAAAUCCAGUAAUUGAAUGUUAAUUUGAAAUCCUUUAUCUAUAUGAUAAAGUUAUGCUUGAUAUUAAAAAAGGCAAGGUAUUAUAACCUUA